CCGGCUGGUUCCCUUCUGCAUGCUCACCUUUCUUGACAGUCCCAUCUGCGUUUGACAGGACACACUCUCCACCUGGACGGGCAACAUGAUGUGGCUCGUGGUCGCCUCCGUGCCGCUGCUUCCCGCCCUCCUCCUCGUGGCGUCCGGUCGCUGUCGCGUCAAAGUCGCCGCGCUGUGCCGCGUUGCCCUGAGGCUGCUGCUGCGAAGAGGAGGAGGAGGAGGAGGGAGAGUGUGUGUCAGGAGCACACACUCCUUCGUGUUCUCCCAGUGCACCCACGGCAAAGCCCACAGCGUCCUGUUGACCUUUGACCUCUACGCCGACACACACCCGUCCCUCUGCAUCGGCCCUCAGACUGGUGAAGCCCUGGAUGAGGCGGUGGCGCGUGUCCGUCCCUCCCGGGUCCUGGAGCUCGGGACGCACUGUGGCUACAGCUCGGUGCGCAUGCUGCGUCUGCUGCCCCCUGGUGGCCGGCUGGUCACAGUGGAGCUGGACCCACUCACAGCUGAGCUGGGGGAGGAAAUCAUCCUGGUGGCUGGCUUCAAACACCAACAGUUCCAGGUGUUGACAUCCAGCUCAGCGGAGGCCAUCCCGGCGUUGCGGUCAUCUCUUGAGCUCGACCCAGGGACCGGCGAGGGCCUCGACCUGGUGCUGAUGGACCACGACCCCGAGCGGUACCUCCCGGACCUGCUGGCUCUGGAGAGAGAGGAGCUCCUCUGCCCCUCUGGCUGCUCCGUCCUCCUGAUCCACAGGAACCAGAGAGCCGCAGAGCUCGGAGGGAUCCUGGCUCACGUCAGAGCGAGGCCCGGCUGCUACAGCGUGGAGUCGGAGCGUCCGGCCAUGACGGAGAUCUUCUACCAGAAGGAAGAAAGCACAAAAGGAGAAUAAGUGAAGACAACAUGUGGAGACGGGCGUGUGCCUUUUCAGUUUGUGAGGACUAUAUCAACCAGUAGUGUAAAAUACUUCACCUGCUCCUUGUGUUACGAUAAAAAUACAUGCUAAAUAAAUGAUUUUCA